AUGGCAGAUGUUGAAACCCCCGAGAUAAAGAUCCUUCUCUUAGGCGAUGAGAAAUGUGGAAAAUCAACCUUUCUAUCGAAAGUCAGUCAGGGUUCGGGCAAGGGUCAGCAACUAGGUCCUAAUAUCCCCUCGAAAGACGCACCUCCUAUCUACCUUCUUCGCGAUGAAGACCAACCAUUCAUUCUUGAGGUCAAGUUUGGUCCUCAAUCAUUCCGACUGGAAUUCUACGACACUGCUUCCCCUCAGACUUGGCAACUCCUGAAGCCGGAUGUGAUCAUCUUAUGUUUUGACAUUUCAUCUCGUAUAACUCUAAUAAAUGCUCAGCGUAUUUGGUCACCACUUCUUCCCAAGACCUUUGACCCAGCACCACUAGCCGAUACGCCAGUGCUUUUGUUGGGCCUAAAGCGUGAUUUACGCUCAGAAACAGACCCAAACGGGAUAAUAUACCCCCAGGAAGCUUAUCGUAUCGCUCAAGAGAUGAGAUGUGAUAAAUAUAUGGAGUGUUCUGCGUUCACAGGGGAGUUGGUUCAGGAGGCCAUCGAAGAUAUCUGUAAGACAGCAGUUAUGACCGUGAAGAAACAAGGCGGAGGGUUAAGCGAAGGGGGUUGUACGACAAUGUGA